AGCAGUCAGGCGGGUGGGAGGGACUGGAGUGAAAGUUACCGGCUCGAGAGCCGGGAAGGCUAUGGAGCCAGGGCCCGCCGCGUCCCCUGGGCCUUCCCGCUCCUUCAAGGAGGAGCUGCUGUGCGCCGUCUGCUAUGAUCCCUUCCGCGAUGCCGUGACUCUGCGCUGCGGCCACAACUUCUGCCGCGGGUGCGUGACCCGCUGCUGGGAGGUUCAGGUGGCGCCCACCUGCCCGGUGUGCAAGGACCGCGCAGCCCCCGCCGACCUGCGCACCAACCACACCCUCAACAACCUGGUGGAGAAGCUGCUGCGCGAGGAGGCCGAGGGCGCGCGUUGGACCGGCCACCGCUCCCCGCGCCUCUGCCGCCUGCACCGCGGCCAGUUCAACUUCUUCUGCCUCGACGACAAGGAGCUGCUGUGCUGCUCGUGCCAGGCCGACCCCCGGCACCAGGGACACCGCGUGCAGCCGGUGAAGGACACCGCCCACGACUUUCGGGCCAAGUGCAGGAACAUGGAGCAUGCGCUGCGGGAGAAAGCCAAGGCCUUCUGGGCGAUGCAGCGCUCCUAUGAAGCCAUCGCCAAGCACAAUCAGGUGGAGGCCGCCUGGCUAGAAGCACGGAUCCGCCGGGAAUUUGACAAGCUCCGCGAGUUCCUGCGCGUGGAGGAGCAGGCCAUCCUGGAUGCCAUGGCCAACGAGGCAAGGCAGAAGCAGCACCUGGCGGAGGAGAAGAUGAAGCGGCUGACGGAGGACACGGAGGCCUUGGCCCACGAGAUUGAGCGGCUGCAGAUGGAGAUGAAGGAGGAUGACGUUUCCUUUCUCAUGAAACACAAGAGCCGAAAACGCCGCCUCUUCUGUACGAUGGAGCCGGAGCCCAUCCAGCCCGGCAUGCUCAUCGACGUCUGCAAGUACCUGGACUCCCUGAAGUACCGCGUCUGGAGGAAGAUGGUUAUGUGUGUCGAAUCUGUGCCUUUCAGCCUUGAUCCCAACACCGCGGCUGGCUGGCUCUCCGUGUCCGAUGACCUCACCAGCGUCACCAACCACGGCUACCGGGUGCAGGUGGAGAACCCGGAGCGCUUCUCAUCGGCGCCCUGCCUGCUGGGCUCCUGCGUCCUGUCGCAGGGCUCACACGCCUGGGAGGUGGACCUGGGGGCACUGGCCAGCUGGCGCGUGGGGGUGGUGCGGACGCGACAGGAUGCGGGCACCGAGGGCCACGCGCACAGCUGCUACCAUGACACGCGCUCGGGCUUCUGGUACGUGGGCCGCACGCAGGGCGUGGACGGCGACCACUGCGUGACCUCGGAUCCCGCCACCUCACCCCUGGUCCCCGCCAUCCCGCGCCGCCUGCGCGUGGAGCUGGAGUGCGAGGAGGGCGAGCUGUCCUUCUAUGACGCUGAGCGCCACUGCCACCUGUACACCUUCCACGCCCGCUUCGGGGAGGUGCGGCCUUAUUUCUACCUGGGCGGCUCGCGGGGUGACGGGUCCCCAGAACCACUGCGCAUUUGCCCGCUGCGCAUCACCAUCAAGGAGGAGCUGGACAGCUGAGGACCCUCGGGCCCGCGGGACUCCACUUGCAUCCAGCAAUCGGUCCCAUUUCCUUCCUGUCCCUUCCCAAAGCCACGCUCGCCUUGGUACCUCUCUACCGCCUGCCUUCUUACCAGGAUCUUCCCACUGACCUACCCUGUCAUUUUCUGUGGCUCCAGGCCACGGGCCUCUCCCUCCUUUUUUUUUGGUCCCUUCUCUCCCCUCCUUUGAAAGUCAGCUAGGAGACAUCUCCUGGGUCAGGCUUUUUCCAAAGUUGUGGCAUCCUCUGGAUGUGAAUUUCCUGGUCCAGAUUCUAAGAUUUCUGGGGAUAAUGUUUGUUUCUAGAGUGGGUCUGUUUAAAAAAAUGUAGGUUUUUAAAAAAAUCAUUUUUCAAGUGUUGUGAGGCCAGCAGAUGGGAAGGGACUGCUGUUGAAAAGAGUUUGUUACUUGAAGUUCCUAGGAGAAGGGGUGCUGUGGUGGGGGUGGCGUUGGGGGCGCACCAGGGGAAGCACCAGAGUCCUUGGGAGGCAAGGGCCGUGCUUUUCUUGGAAAGGAACAGAGGAGGCAGGGUACUGGGUGAGUGGGUUUAUGAUCGGCAAGUCUGAGUACUUUUCACAGGUUCUGGGGCAUGGUGGCUGCCCCUGGUUGUCCUGAAACCUGGCUGUGGGCUGACUGUGCAUGUGUGUGUGCUCAGUCAUGUCCUACUCUUUGUGACUCUGUGGGCUGUACCCACCAGACUCCUCUGUCCGUGCAGUUUUUCAUUCAAGAAUCCUGGAGUGGGUUACCAUUUCCUAUUCCAUGAAAUCUUCCUGAUGCAGGGACUGAACCCGCAUCUCCUGCAUUGGCAGGCGGCUUCUUUACCGCUGAGCCACCUGGGAAGCCUGUGGGUUGAUUAGCACAGGGGAUUAUUGGCUUGGAGUGGAUCCCGGUGAGAGCCUGGCACAGGAGGUGGUUGGGGUACCGUUUUGCAUGUAAAAGAUUGAUUGCAUUCAAAAGGCACACUCACAGGGGAGUUGUUUGUUGUCUGCAGGAACUUGCUGGCCAGGGAGGCCCCAGGAGCCAGAGUGGCCCCAGGAGCCAGAGUGUCAGGAAUUCAGAAAAGAAGAAAAUAUGGUUAUUCUAGCACCAUUGCCAUGGCUUUGGGCAGGACCCAUGCCCUGGCUUGUCUGUCACUUUAUACUGGUGUUUAAAGCUGCUCUGUGGGCCUCGGUGGCGCCCUUCAGGGCGGGGGUGGGGACAAGGCUGCCCACCCAAUUGGCUCUAACUUAUAGAUUUAAGACUUCUUGCACAAUUUCCUCUGAACAGAGUUUCCAGAGCACUUUAAAAAACAUAAUUUAAAUAGCAUUCACUGGUGUCAGGAAUGUAAAAAUCCAAGGCUGCUGUGGAAAGCAAUUUGGGAGUCCCUCAAAAAAAAAAAAAAAAAAAAAAGCAUGGUUUUCACUUUCCUCAUCUGCAAAUGAGAUGGUAGAUCUGGAAGGUGAUGGAUGCGUUGCACUUGUGUGGAAGACCUUUCUGUGGUUCCUCUCACAGAGGUACAGAAGGAGGAGAAGAGGGGCCAUUUGUGUCAGGAGGGAAGGGAGGCGAUUCUGUCCAGGGACGGGGGUCGGUGUCAGGAAUGAGGAGGGGAGCUCUCCAGGGCUCCGGUCUUCGCUGACCUCAGCCUGCUCGUUCUUGCUCUGCUGCCCUUUACAUCUUCAUCCUGAUUUCUUCUCCCUCUGCUGUGCCUCCUGACUCCUGUCUCACCUUUUCGUCUCACCUUUCGCCCAUGGAGAGUUUUUAAUGGUCACCUCCUCACUUGUGUCCUGGGACAGGGAAUGUCUCCCUGUAGGAGCAGGGUUCUAAUGGAGGUGUUUUUACCAAAGACUCACACACUUUCUCCUGCUUGUGUCUCCUGGUUCACCAAAAUGGACAUUUUAGACAGAAAUGAUGAUUCAAAACUGAAAACUGGUUAUAAGUGUGAUGUGUCCAUCAUUGGUGGCCAAGGGAGGGAGGUGGUAGGAUAUACCACUGAGUCAAGGGGACCAGCUGCAGGAGAGGGGUGAGGAUGUUGGCAAAGGGGUGGAUGUGAGCUGAGUGGCCCCUCUAAAGAUGCUCAGAUUCAGCAAAGCUCAAGGCACUUUGGACCCAACACAUCUGAGUCUAUUGUGCACUUUCUACCAUAAAGUAUUUAUCUAGACCAUUAAAUGCAAAUCACUACCUAAUAAAUCUUGACCUGAAACUGUUUUGUUAGUUGUAAACUUUUAAACAUGUUUUUCCUCUCUACCUUAGGUGUUGGAAGGGCUUUGUUUGUUUUUACAGGAUAUUGUGGGAUUGCCUAGGCCCCUUUUUACCAAAAUAAAGUGUUUGAGCCAAAGUA